AUGAGUUUCUUUAAGCAAUCUUAUACUCAUUUCAAAAGAAUUGAUUUAUUUGGAAUUGAUGUGAGAUUAUUAGCUCAAGGCUAAUAAGCAUAUCGAACAAAUAUAGGAGCAUUUAUGACAUUAUUUCUAUUCAUGUUACUUGCAUAUUCAUGUAACUCCUUUAUUUUAGAAAUGAAUAAAGGAAAAAAUGCAAUUCUUAAUUAAAAAGAGUCUCCUCUACUCUAAAAUGAAGUAAAUAUAGUUUUAUAUCAUCUUUAGGGGUUUAGUUUUAACUCAUCAUAAUUUAUCUAUGCAAUUGGAAUAGUUGAUGAUUCUGGUUAAUACAUUCCUAAUGAAAACAACCGCAUCUUUUAGGUGAGUUUUUAUUAUUGCAAAAAAUCUUUAAUAGAAACUACUUGUGAAAGUUUUCCUGCUGUAAUUUGUGGUAGUCGCAUAUCAGAAGCAUCAAAAGUAUAGUAUUCUAUUAUCUAAUAGUAAAUGAAUGUUCCUGAAGACUACUAAUAUAUAACUUAUUGUCCUGAUGAUCAAUUUACAUAGACUUAUGAAGAAAUCAGAUUUUAAGGGUCUCAAAGAAUGGAUAACUUCACUUUUCUAGGUGCAUUCAUUUCAAAGUGUACAAACUCAACUGAAUCUUAAAGUAUUAUAUUUUAUAUAUAAGAUAGAUUGUGCAUCUGAAGAAGAGAUUACAACAUCUUUAUCGAAUGCCAAUUUAUUUUAUUCAUAUUCCUUUUAUUAAUUCAAUAAGGAAUUGGAUCUAUAUCCAUAUGAAAAAAUGCAAAACUUAGAUGUGACUCCUUGUUAUCCAAAUAUACGUAAAUAUAUCAAAGUCUUUUAUCAAUAUUCAAUAACUACUUCUGAAUAUAAUCCAUUUUAUUUCUUCCCUUCUACCAUUGAAUAAGAUGCUAUUGAAUAUUAAUAAACAACAAUUGAUACAUUCUUAGAUUAUCAUCAAGAUAAUACAUUUGCAUAAAUUGAAAUUAACUUGAAUGUUAAGAAAAGACUUAAUUAUGUAACAUAUCAAACUCUCAUGGAUGUGGCUGCUAAAAUUGGAGGUUUCUUUACAAUCCUUAGAGCACUCUUUGAAUUACUACUAUACCCAAUAUAAGUAAUUAUUUAUCGACUUUAUCUAAUUAAUUGUCUUAUUAAUCAGUAAUAGACAUUUACAACUUUAGAAAACUUAGAAUAAAAAGAAUUAUAAACUAAUUUUGCAAAAUUACGAAUAAAAGACUUAAUAAGAUAUACUAAAGCAAGAUCUACCUAUUUUAACUAUUUAAAAAAAGUAGAACAACUCUUAGAUAUUACUGAAGUUUUAUCUAAUCCUUUAAGAUUGACUCGUUAAGUUGAAGAUAUAUAAGGAUCUAUACGAAAAUUUGAUCCUGCAAAAAAAUAAAUGAAUGUAAGAGCUGUUUUAGAUGAAAUUAUUGCUAAUCAUGAUAUGAAUGAUAUCUAAAGUCCUAGAUCAGUUAAUCAAGAACUUAAACCUGUCAUAAAAUCAUAAAUAUAUUUAAGCAGACUUUAGCCAAAAUGA